CUCAGUAUAUAUACCUAAUUCUUACUUCCUGCUCAACUUUGGAGCUCGGUUCAAAGCCACAUGGGGAAAAAGAGGAAGCAGCGGGUAGCCGCUGCCGCCGCCGCCGCCAUUGAGCCGGAAUCUGCUCCUGCGGAGAGGCCGAAAAGAACACUCUUCGGAUGGAAAGAUGGAGGCGUGAAGAAAAAGGAAAGCGAUUCUAGGGUUUUCUUCAGAAACAAAGAGAAGAUUUUGGUCACAUCCUCUCGCCGUAUCAGCUUCAGGUAUAGGCAUCUGAUGCUGAAUGUGGUGUCACUUUUGCCUCAUUGUAAGAAGGACAGUAAGGUGGAGUCCAAGAACAUUAAAGGCGCGACCUUGAACGAGCUGGUUGAGCUCAAGAAUUGUUCUUCUUGCUUGUUUUUUGAGUGCCGGAAAGGGAAGGACCUUUAUUUAUGGAUGGCUAAGUGCCCCAAUGGUCCUUCUGUUAAGUUUCUAGUAAAUGCAGUUCACACGAUGGAAGAGCUAAAACUCACUGGAAAUCACUUGAAAGGAUCACGCCCUAUCCUAACAUUCUCUAGCAAUUUUGAUAAAGAUCCACACUGGAUGCUUUUGAAAGAAAUGAUAUCACAGAUUUUUGCAACUCCCAAGGAUCACCGGAAAUCUAAGCCAUAUCAUGAUCACGUAUUUGUGUUCUCUAUUGUUGAUGACCAUAUUUGGUUCCGAAAUUAUCAGAUAUCCUGUCCCCAUAACAGUGGAGCUCAGAAAGUAGACCGUGGAGACCUGGAGAAAAUGACCCUUGUUGAGGUUGGUCCGAGGUUCUGCUUGAAUCCAAUUAAAAUAUUUAGUGAAAGCUUUGGAGGGCAGACUCUUUACGAGAACCCAUUCUAUGUCUCUCCAAACCAAAUACGAUCAUUGGAGAAAAAACAGAAGGCGGGCAGGUACGCGAAGAAGGUGAAAGAAAAGACGAAGAGAAAGAUGCAUGAGCUGUUGAAUCCAAUGGAGCUUGAUGAAUUUGCAGACAUGUGGAAGGAUUGAUUGGUUGAAGGUUUAAUUUGGCUUUGCUUUGGGUCCUUAGACUUUGUGGCACAACUUGCAAGUGCUACCAAGAAUUAUGUCAUUUUUGGUGUGAUUAGCCACUGGUUUUUACAACCUUCUACCAUGUGUUUUGUGUAUGAAUUUCUUCUGUUUGAGCAAAGAAAUCUGUUAUUUGAGUACUUGUUAGCUAUUACUCUCCUCCGGCAAAUUCUUUUGUGGAUCUAAGAUUCAUAUUCAUUUUAUGGACUAUAGUGUAUUUGU